UUCCGCUGGCUCCCCCCCUCUUCCCGACCCGGCACCGGCCAUGGCGUUGAAAGCCAGAGCGCUUUACAACUUCCAGAGCGAAAACAAAGAGGAGAUCAGCAUCCAGGAGAACGAGGAGCUCGUCAUCUUCAGCGAGAACUCCCUGGACGGGUGGUUGCAGGGCCAAAACAGCCGCGGGGAGACCGGCCUCUUCCCCGCUUCCUAUGUCGAGAUCCUCCGCUCCCGCUCGGGCUCCAACUACACGGACUAUUCCAGCAGCCCGGUCGGCUCCCCCGGGCACGAUUCCUCCUUGUACUCGGCGUCCCCCAACCCCGGCAUCUCCUACCAGGGCAGUUUUGAGGAUGAUGAUGACGACGACUGGGAUGACUGGGACGACGCGUGCACAGUGGUGGAGGAGCCGCGGAGCGCGCCGGGCACCAACGGGCACCCCUCGCCCAGCCUGCCGUACCCGGCGGCCUGCGGCCACCACCAGCACGCCGGCUACCGGCCCAAGCCGGCGCUGGAGAGGCAGGACAGCAUGAGCUCCUCCAAGAGGGGCAGCGUGGUGGGCAGAAACCUCAACCGCUUCUCCUGCUUCGUCCGCUCCGGGGUGGAAGCCUUCAUCCUGGGCGACGUGCCCCUGAUGUCCAAGAUCGCCGAGACCUACUGCAUCGAGAUGGGCUCCAGAGGCCCGCAGUGGAGGGCCAACCCCCACCCGUUCAUCUGCUCCGUGGAGGACCCCACCAAGCAAACCAAGUUCAAGGGCAUCAAGAGCUACAUCUCCUACAAGCUGACCCCCAGCAACUUCAACUCGCCCGUGUACCGGCGCUACAAGCACUUCGACUGGCUCUACAACCGCCUGCUGCACAAGUUCACGGUGAUCUCGGUGCCGCACCUGCCCGAGAAGCAGGCCACCGGCCGCUUCGAGGAGGACUUCAUCGAGAAGCGCAAGCGGCGGCUGAUCCUCUGGAUGGAGCACAUGACCAGCCACCCCGUCCUCUCCCAGUACGAGGGCUUCCAGCACUUCCUCUGCUGCCGCGACGAGAAGCAGUGGAAGCUGGGCAAGCGCCGGGCGGAGAAGGACGAGAUGGUGGGCGCCAGCUUCCUCCUCACCAUCCAGAUUCCCACGGAGCACCAGGACCUGCAGGACGUGGAGGACCGCGUGGAUGCCUUCAAGGCCUUCAGCAAGAAGAUGGAUGACAGCGUCCUGCAGCUGACCAACGUGGCAUCGGAGCUGGUGCGCAAGCACGUGGGGGGCUUCCGGAAGGAGUUCCAGAAGCUGGGCAAUGCCUUCCAAGCCAUCAGCCACUCCUUCCACAUGGACCCUCCCUACAGCUUGGAUGCCCUCAACAACGCCAUCUCCCACACGGGCAAGACGUACGAGACUGUGGGGGAGAUGUUCGCCGAGCAGCCCAAGAACGACCUGUUCCUCAUGCUGGACACUCUCUCCUUGUACCAAGGGCUCCUCUCCAACUUCCCAGACAUCAUCCACCUGCAGAAAGGCGCCUUCGCCAAGGUGAAGGAGAGCCAGCGGAUGAGCGACGAGGGCAGGAUGGACCAGGAGGAGGCGGACGGGAUCCGCAAGCGCUGCCGCGUGGUGGGCUUCGCCCUGCAGGCCGAGAUGAACCACUUCCACGAGCGGCGCGUGGCCGACUUCAAGAGGAUGAUGCAGUCCUACCUGAGGCAGCAGAUCGUCUUCUACCAGCGCGUCAGCCAGCAGCUGGAGAAGACGCUGCGCAUGUACGACAACCUCUAACCCUCGUGCCGCUCUGCCCGCAGCCCCCGGGGCUCCUCGGCUGGCAGCGGACGGCAACUCAUCGCGCUAGUGACCAAAUGACUUCGGGCUUUCUUCCCCCUUCCCGGGCUGGCAGGGAAGGGCUCGCCCGCGGGCUGGCCGUGUCACCUCUUCCUUCCUUUCCCUGGGGACCUCCCACCCUGCCACGGGUCUGGCGGGAGCGUGGGGGGGGUCGCGAGAAGGACAGGUGGGGAGGUAACGGCGCUGGGGUCUCUGCCCAGUGAUUUUUAGCUUUCUGAAAACCCCACUCUCCUGGAGCAGGGGUGGGUGCAUCCCAGCCCACUGGGAGAAGAAAUCCAAGCGGUCGACAUUUUGCACACUAAAAGCUUUUCUGAUGGAAAAAAAAAAAAAAAAAAAAAAAGAGAGAAGAAAAGAGAUCUUUAUUUGGAAGAGAUUUUUUUGUUUGUUUGUCACAAGAUAUUUUCAAUAUUUUCCGGUUUUCUGCAGCAUUUUUACCGAUCAGUUUUUAAAUAGAUGCACAGAGGCAAAGAGAAAUCUCUUUCUCAAGUAUGGCUGCUGACUGGGAAAAGGGAAAAAAAAAAAAAAAAGAAAAAAAAAGGGAAAAAAAAAUAGCCCCA